CGACGAUUUUUCGACGCGGUUGCGUUCGUUCUCGUUGCUCCGCGCAACGUACGAAGCAUCGUCCGGUGGUGGGCAACCUGACUCGAUUUUGACGGAACGGUGCGAUUCAACGCGAGUAGUGCGUCUACUCUCGCACCGACGCGACCGCUGAGAACCCGACUUGUUACUCAACAUCACGCAAUUCAUCGGUGAUAUCGUUGAAAGUGAAGCGAACACUCAAACCGGGACGAGUCAUAGCGCGAGAACGGCGAUCGGCACGCGGGACUUACCUUCCAGGAAAUUCUCUUUCUCGCGGAGAAGUUUCUUCCGUUCUCUUCGCGUUUCUCUUGCGAAACUACUCGAUCGCGAGGGGCCUAAGCGUCGUUUGACGACGAGACGCUCGCGAAUUUUCUGUGAUUGAUUGAACGUGCGAUCCCCGACGACGCUGCGCGUAAAUAAUGCCGGCGAGAGUCGCUCGUGUUCGAUACGUGUGAUUUGUACGCGAAUUGCGAUUGUCUGGCGGGAAUAUCGGAACUCUUUGAUAAGAAGUGUGCAAGUCGAUAGUUUUCAGUUGGCGAUUAUUCCCUGACUUUAGAAAGCGAACGCAAAACAAAACAAAAAAACACACAGACAAGACGCCGGACUAAAAACUCGCUCUUUCUACUACUCUCUGUGUGGGAAAAAUCUCGGGUGGACAGAUAUCUUUCUCCUAACCGCUCUCGUGUUGUGUGCCAUCUCUGCCGUCGUUGCACCUGACAAAUCAUCCUUCUGGAAAAAAAAAACUCAGCUCUCUUCGGCUUUCACGACGCGCGGACCGGGACGGUGAUGCUUUUGCGUCUCGAACGAAUCGGGACGUAGACGUGUGCGAAAAAUCAGAAAGCUACACCGAUGCCGAAGACGGCAACUAAGUGGAAAUUCUGGAGAAAGUCCCAGAGGGCCGUUCUCGAAGAGAACGAUCAGAAGAAGGAGGGCAGACGCAAACGUUCGGCAUCCCCGGUGGUGGUGACACAGGUGAUCCGCCAGGAUUACGAACUGAAACAGGAACAGGAAGUCAGGAAGAAGAUCACGAUGGAUCAGUCCUUGGGCAGCCGCUUGUCGCCGAAAGUGACACCGAUCACCGACGAUUACGAGAUCAGCAACACCGUGCUGGGGCUUGGGAUUAACGGCAAAGUCGUGCAGUGCUACGACAAAAUUACGAGAGAAAAAUACGCACUUAAGGUCUUGCAUGACUGUGCAAAAGCGCGAAGAGAAGUUGAACUUCACUGGAGGGCAUCAGAUUGCAGACACAUAGUCCAAGUCAAAGAUGUAUACGAAAACACUUACAGUGGGAAUAAAUGUCUGCUAGUGGUUAUGGAAUGCAUGGAAGGUGGAGAAUUAUUUCAAAGGAUACAAGACAGACAAGAUGGUGCCUUUACCGAAAGAGAAGCUGCACAAGUGAUGUACGAGAUAUGUGUCGCGGUGAAACAUCUGCACGACAUGAAUAUCACUCACAGGGAUCUAAAACCGGAAAAUCUUCUAUAUUCUAAGCCUGAUGCUACCGGGAUCCUGAAACUCACCGACUUCGGGUUUGCUAAAGAGACAUAUUUAAAAGACACAUUACAGACGCCAUGUUACACGCCUUAUUAUGUCGCCCCAGAAGUGUUAGGACCAGAAAAGUACGACAAGAGUUGUGAUAUUUGGUCACUUGGAGUAAUCAUGUACAUAUUGCUGUGCGGUUUCCCACCGUUUUACAGCAACCACGGCCUAGCGAUCUCUCCCGGAAUGAAAAAGAGAAUUCGAUUAGGACAAUACGACUUUCCCUAUCCAGAAUGGGCGAAUGUGAGUCAAGAAGCUAAGAGCCUUAUUAAGGGCAUGUUGUGUAUAAAUCCAGCAGAAAGAUUGCAAAUUGACGACGUAAUGCGCAACAACUGGAUCUCUAAGUACAUGGAAGUGCCCGCAACUCCCUUGCACACCGGACGCGUUUUACGAGAGGGAGAGGAGAUGUGGCCCGAAGUGCAGGAAGAAAUGACGCGAUCCCUUGCGACAAUGCGCGUUGAUUACGACACGGCGUGUCUGAAGCAACUCGAUCACACAAAUAAUCCCCUGUUGAACAAAAGAAGACGCGCGAAGCAAUCCGCAAACAACAGCGCGACAGUACCGCCAACCGCGAGUCCCACGCCCGCGUCCUAGGAAGAGGACAGAGACAAACGAAACUGGACCGUCUUUCUGCGUAGGUGCAUCAGAUACAGCGUGAUCACGACUCGGAUCGUUUUCUGACUGUUGCAUUUUACAAAGCGAAAGAAAUUCCGGAGCAGAGUGGUAUCAAAGGGCACUUAGGUGCACUUGGAUUCUUACGCUUGGUAGCGUAUGAUCGAAUUAAAAGCAAAGAGUCGAAAAUUUGAUGAAGCAGUAAGACACAAAAGACAAAAACAAUAUUGCUCUAACGCAAUAAAAGACGUCUAUCUAUCGAGUAAUAUCGUUCUCGAUUUUAAACAAAAUAAAAAUGAGAUUACUUGAAAGAAUUGUUUCGCGAGAAGCAAGAAGGUUCACAACUUGAUUCGGUGAACACCAAAACUAUAUCCCAAUUAUAUGCAUGGUUCCGAUAGGAUAAACACUAUUACCGAUCAAUGUUACGUGUUUGUCAUUAGCUCAAUUUCCAUCAGUCCUGAUUAUUAUAUUAAUCAGAGAGACUUCAUUAUACGAAUUAAAAAUUACUUUAUGUACGUAGCUUUUUAAAGCACUAACAAGAGGCCGAUUAAUAACGUGUGUAUAUUCUAAAAUAAUGACUACAAAAAGAAAAGAUUAUUUUGAUUAGAGAGAUUACACAAAUACAAGAAUAUAAUACUGCGAAGACUAUAUUUAUCUAAUAUAUGUAUUUUAAAACUAAAUUGUAGCGAUAUUAGUUGCUUAUAUAUUUACCGUUCAGCGAAUUUACAUGCGCUAUAUAAAUUCGAUUUAUAUUUAUACGCCCGUCCAGUCCAUUUUA